AAGGCGGGCGUGUUUGCAGGGAACAGUAGACAUGGCGGAACUGACUUCACGCGUGAAGGGGAUAAAUUACUUCCGGGGUGAGAGGUGAAAGUGAAGCACGAUGGAAUUCCCUACAGGAGGAAUGUCAGGCUUGGACUCACUGGGAGCGUCAGGAGCGCUGUCAGUGGCACAGGCACUAUCACUGCCUGCAGAAUCCUAUGGCAAUGAUCCCAAUGUGGAGAUGGCUUGGGCCAUGAAGGCCUAUCAACAUGCAGAGGUUUACUUUAAUCUUAUAGGCUCUGUGGACCCACGUCACCUCAAACUGACGCGCAAAGAUGAUGUCAUUUAUGAAGCUUUUAGAGGUGACUUUCCUGAGCUCCGUAUUGAUGUUCUGGAUCCAGACGAUCUGAAAUCUCCUGCAGCCAAAGAGAAAUGGCGGCCUUUCUGCAUGAAAUUCGAGACUGAAGUAGAAGACUUUAAUUACGGAACGUUGUUAAGGCUGGACUGCAGCAAAGAUUACACAGAGGAAAACACCAUCUUCGCAACCCGGAUCCAAUUUUAUGCUAUAGAAAUCGCACGGAACAGGGAGGGAUUCAACGAUGUCCUCUUCCAUCACAGAGCAGUGGAAUGAAGUUCUUGGGAAUCCCCAAUUCUAUGGUUUCACCCCAAACCCGCUCAUGGAAAAGCAAUCCAUUACCCAGCAGCUUCUUCUUGCCAUGUGUCACAAUACCAAUUAACAAACAAUUCAAUUUUAUUUUCUGCAGUUUCCACUAUACACUCAUUUGGCAAACAGUAAAAUACCCAGAAUUCAUUGCUGUCAACAUAGACUUCUAACCCACCUCAGAGCCAACAAGUGCCGAACAAGAGUAUUUUUUUUUUCUUUUUUAAACAUUUUUCCAAUAAAAUAAAAUACAUGUAUAUCUACACCUCUCUUAAAUCCACAUGUGACUGAAUAGUUGCCUCAAUCUUGUACCCAGAUCUCUGCACCACUGUAUGAACAAGAUUGUGCCUUAAGAGAGAACAUAAAAUGUUAUAAAUUCCUCUCA